AUGAUAAUUGAUUAUCCAGCCCUAUACGCAUCGGUGUUUGCGCUCCUUUUCCUUCUCCGGGUUUUGUAUGUUCUUGCCCUGUCCCUGCUUGGACUUUGGUCAAGGGUCGUUGCUUUUACCCUUCGAAGCCUUGUCUAUCCUCGUCUCCCUAUUUGGGUCGCCGAAACCAGGCUGGAUUUGCUCGUGUUCCUACUCGUGGUCGUUGCCAAUGGCUUGUGCUGUGUUCUUGGGGUAAGUGGGGUGGAUGGUUUCCAUUCAAGAAUCGGCAAGGUUACCCUUGCGAACUUAACCUUGCUCUCCUUGGGUGGCCGUGUGACAGCUGUUAGCAACUUUCUCGGACUUGGAUGCAAACACACGAAACUGAUUCAUCGAUGGGUUGCGAUAAUCGUGGUCGUUGAAGGAGGCUUGCACGGGCUGCUUGCGUUUCUCGGUCACAGGACCAAAAUAUUUACGCAACUUCAGAUAAUAUACGCGUUAUUACCAUUUGCCAGCCUUAUAGCCUGCUUUAUUUUCCUCCCACUGAAAACCUCUCUUUAUGAAUUAUUUUUAGUAAUUCACAAUGCCCUCGCACUAACCUGUUUGGUCGCGAUAUGGCUUCACUUGUGGCGAUAUGUUCGAGAACGUGAUGUCUUUGUCAUUGUCAGCCUUGUUCUAACACUUGUAUUGCUAUGCUGUCAACCCCUCGGAGUCAUUUAUCGAAAUUUCCCGUUUCGGCAACGGUUUCAUCGGCUCUCCGUGUUUAAGCAAAAUGAUGCAUUGAUACUCAAACUCCACAUCCAAAGGCCUUGGGGGUUUAGAGCAGGGCAGUAUGUUUACCUCUGCGUCCCCGCUGCGAGCCCGUUUGCCUCCUUCGAGUUCCAUCCCUUUUUUAUUGCCUGGUGGGAGCGAACAGCCAACGGCGAAGCCAUCGCUCAUUUCCUAGUGCAGCCACGAUUCGGGUUUACAAGAGACCUCCUCAGAUGCCUGUCUUAUGAAACCACAGCGGAUGUUCGGUCGACGUCGUCAUGUACGGCUUUUAUUGAGGGUCCGUAUGGUAUAACCCAUCACCUUUCUGAUUACGGAACGAUAAUCUUACUAGCAUCGGGAAUUGGUAUAUGCGCGCAACUCCCGUACAUUCAGCAAGCGGUCGCAGACCACAAAGCGCGUAAAGUCAAAACGCAAAAAAUCGAACUGCACUGGAUAUUAGAAAAAGAGUCUCAACAGGACUGGGUCAAAUCUUGGAUGGACGAGAUUCUAGAAGCUGACGCGAAAUAUGUCCGUAUUGAGAUUUAA